UGGUAAAAUGACAGCGAUCGAUUCGUAAUAGUCUCUGUCCUAUACAUCGAUUCGUUUGUUAAUACAUUUAACAUGUAUAAUUUCCACUGUAAAAAGAAAAGGCUUUGUUACUCUUCGGUUUAUGGUAAAUCAGGGGAGGGGCUUCACAUUGGACUGAACCAUUCGGUCAACACACCGGGAAGGAUUUUGUUGUGACAGCGAAGUAUCAACCCGGCGGGGGAGGACGGAAAGAUCAGUGCUUAGGAGUACCAGCUGGGAGCAAAAUGGCCUUCAGUAAGGGCUUUCGAAUUUACCACAAACUGGACCCACCCCCCUACAGUGUCAUUGUGGAGACCAGAGGCAGAGAAGAAUGCUUGAUGUUUGAGUCGGGGGCUGUGGCUGUUCUGUCUGCAGCUGAAAAAGAGGCAAUAAAAAACACAUAUACUAGGAUCCAGGAUGCAUAUGGAAUUCUGGGGGUCCUUCGAUUAAACCUAGGUGACUCAAUGCUCCACAGUCUGGUAGUGGUGUCCGGGUGCAGCUCAGUGGGGAAAGUCCAGGAGUCUGAGGUUUUCCGAGUUACACAAACUGACUUCAUUUCCCUUAACAAUGACCCUGCCGAUGAGGAGCGUAUUGCAGAGGUGCGAAAGGUCCUCAAUUCAGGACACUUCUACUUCGCCUGGUCUUCCACUGGAGUUAGUAUGGACCUGAGCCUCAAUGCACACCGCAGAAUCCUGGAGGAUACCACAGACAACCGCUUCUUCUGGAACCAGUCCCUGCACCUGCAUCUUAAGCACUAUGGAGUAAACUGUGAUGACUGGCUGCUGAGGUUGAUGUGUGGGGGAGUGGAAAUUAGGACCAUUUAUGCAGGCCACAAACAGGCCAAGGCCUGUAUCUUCUCUCGCCUCAGCUCAGAAAGAGCCGGCACUCGCUUCAAUGUGAGAGGAACCAAUGAUGACGGACAAGUUGCUAACUUUGUAGAAACUGAGCAGGCUAUUUUUCUGGACGACAAAGUGUCAUCCUUCAUUCAGAUUCGUGGGUCCAUUCCGCUCUUUUGGGAACAGCCUGGAAUUCAGCUCCCAGAGAUCUUUGGUCAGGUCGGUUCUCAUCGAGUCAAACUGUCUAGAGGAUUUGAGGCGAAUGCACCAGCUUUUGAAAGACAUUUCACCGCCCUUCGAAGAUUAUAUGGCAAACAGGUCAUCAUUAACCUGCUAGGGAGCAAAGAAGGGGAGCACAUGCUCAGUAAAGCAUUUCAGAGCCAUUUGAAAGCCUCUGAGCACGCUUCAGCUGUGAGGAUGGUAAAUUUUGAUUACCAUCAGAACGUCCGAGGAGGAAAAGCAGACAAACUACACAGCGUUCUCAAACCACAGCUCACCAAAUUUAUUGAGGAGUGUGGCUUCUUUUACUACUCGGGCGAGACGGGGAUUACCAGGACUCAGAGUGGGACCAUGAGAACCAACUGUCUGGAUUGUUUGGACAGGACCAACAGUGUCCAGGCUUUCUUUGGUCUUGAGAUGUUGCCUAAGCAGCUUGAGGAAAUGGGUUUGACUGAAAAGCCACAGCUGGUGGCCAGGUUCCAGGAAGUGUUCCGGACCAUGUGGUCUCAAAACGGAGAUUCUGUCAGUAAAAUCUAUGCAGGCACUGGAGCGCUGGAUGGAAAGGCCAAGGCUGGGAAGCUUAAAGAUGGUGCCCGCUCAGUUACCAGAACAAUUCAGAACAACUUCUUUGACACGUCAAAGCAAGAGGCCAUAGACAUACUCAGGCUGGGUUCUACUCUUAACAGUGACUUGGCAGACAAGGCGCGAGCACUACUCACAACCUCCAGUCUUUAUGUCACUGAGCCGGUCUUACAAUCAGCGUCCCCCAGAGUUUUGUUGGGGAUGUGUCAAAGCUACCAGAAGUACACCAGGCCAAAGAAGAUCAGAGUGUGUGUUGGUACCUGGAAUGUGAACGGUGGUAAACAAUUUCGUAGCAUUGCCUUUCGCAACCAGACUCUCAAUGACUGGCUCCUAGAUGCUCCCAUGAAGGCAGGACUUCCUGACUUCCAGGACAGCAAGGCAAACCCCAUAGACAUUUUUGCCAUUGGUUUUGAAGAAAUGGUUGAACUAAAUGCUGGGAACAUUGUUAGUGCCAGUACUACAAAUCAAAAACUUUGGGCAGCUGAGUUACAGAAGAAUAUCUCCCGGGACCAUAAAUACGUGCUGCUUGCCUCAGAGCAGCUGGUUGGCGUGUGUUUGUUUGUAUUCAUUCGUCCGCAACAUGCCCCUUAUAUCAGGGAUGUUGCAGUAGAUACUGUAAAAACUGGAAUGGGUGGGGCCACAGGUAAUAAAGGCGGUGUGGCCAUCCGCCUGCUGUUUCACACCACCAGCAUCUGCUUCCUCUGCUCCCACUUUGCUGCUGGACAAUCACAGGUCAAAGAGAGGAAUGAUGACUACAAUGAAAUCUCUCGUAAACUCAGCUUCCCCAUGGGCCGGUUGCUGGAUUCACAUGACUAUGUCUUCUGGUGUGGAGACUUCAACUAUCGCAUUAACCUGCCUAAUGAAGAGGUCAAAGAGCUCAUCAAACAGCAGAACUGGGAUGCUCUGACUGCCGGGGACCAACUGGUUGAACAGAAAACCGCUGGAUUGGUUUUCAAAGAAUUCAUUGAGGGCAAAUUGGAUUUUGCUCCGACCUAUAAGUAUGACCUUUUCUCUGAGGACUAUGACACCAGUGAGAAGUGUCGCACACCAGCCUGGACUGACCGCAUACUGUGGAAGAGAAGAAAAUGGAACUUCGACCAAACUGCUGAAGAGAUGAAUGUAGUGGGAGCAGCAUCUGUCGCUGGAGAAUGUGAAGAUGAUCCAAAUCAACCCUGGAGCCCUGGUUCUCUCAAAUACUACGGCAGAGCAGAGCUGAAGACUUCAGAUCAUAGGCCUGUAGUUGCUGUGAUAGACGUGAAUAUCCUGGAGGUGGACCCUGAGGCGAGGCACCAGGUUUACAAAGACGUCAUUGCCCUUCAAGGACCACCGGAUGGCACAAUCCUGGUCUCCCUCUGCUCCUCUGGCCCAGACGACUACUUUGAUGAUGCUCUCAUUGAUGAGUUGCUGGACAAGUUUGCUAAUUUUGGCGAGGUCAUCCUGAUCAGAUUUGUCGAGGAAAAGAUGUGGGUGACUUUCCUGGAAGGUUACUCUGCUCUGGCUGCCCUGUCUCUUAGUGCUUCCACUGUCCUGGAUAAAGUGAUUGAUAUUCGUCUCAAAAGUCCAGGUUGGAUCAAGAGUCUGGAGGAGGAGAUGAGUGUGGAGAGGAUCUGUGGUAGUAUCCCCACUUCUGCCAGCUCCACUCUGCUUGCCGAGGACACCGACAUGGGCGAUGAUGAGUUUGAUAUGGAGGGUGAAGUAGACGAGGAGGUAGAAGAGAUUCUGCCCCAGCACUUGCAGCCCGGAGCAGGUGUGGGUCCUGGCUCAUCCCCUCUGCCCUCCCCUCGCGGCAGCCCCUGUCCCUCCCCCACUGGAGAGACCGCACCCCCAUGCCGACCCAAUAGAGGUGCACAGCCCACCAGACCCUCACAAGGUCCUCCUGUUGACUUCCAGCCUGGGGCACCUACCGCUGGCACUCUGGAGCCCAAACGCCCCCCUCCACCACGCCCCAAUGCCCCUCCUGCUCGACCCGCACCCCCUCAGCGUCCGCCUCCUCCUUCAGGAGCCAAAAGCCCUUCUCUUCAACGCCCUGACGCUGCUGCCGGAAGAGGACAGACAGCAGCAGGAGCACCUGGGCCCUCCAGACCUAAUAUCCCUCCGCGUGCUGGGGUGAUCAGUAUGCCUCCACAGUCUCGACCUCCCCCUCCCUCCCAUCCAGGAGCUCCCAGACCCAUCCCAGAGGUUCAUCCUGGGGCACCACGGCCAAUUCCAGACACUCACCCUGGAGCACCAAGACCUGUGCCCACUGCCCAGGCCAAACAGCCUGAUCUGCCCCCAGGUCCUCCGUCGAGUGGCCCUCCCCCAUUAGGACCCUCAGGACCUCCUCUUUCUGGGCCUGUUGCUCCAGCGAGACCCUCAGCUGCCUCCUCCAUGCCUGCCCCCAUGCAGCCUCAGCCCAGUGCCCCUGCACCUCAGCUGCCCCCGCCCAUGCAGCCCUCACUCCCCACUCCACUGCAGCCUCAACAAGCUGCCCCACCUGCUGCUACUGCCCCUGCUCAAGCAGGACCGCCACAAGCCCUGGCCUCCCCCAAACCUCCCCCACGGUCUCGGUCUCACCACGCCCUGCCACCGGACGCCUCCAAGUCCGACUCAGCCUCUGCUUCACAGACCAAUGGACUGAAUGGAAUCCAAAGAGAAGCACAAUGGAAGCCCGACCCCUUUGAAGCCCUCACAUCUGACUUCCUCUCCUCUUCCUCCUCUUCCUCAAAAUGGCAGAACACACAGUCCCUGACGCGGGGCUCCUCUCUACACUGUCCCCCACCAGUCCCCUCCUCUGCCUCCACCUCAAACACUCUCCCCUCGUCGUUCUCCCUUCAGUCUUCAGCCUUCAGUGACCAGUUUGAGUCCUCCUCCUCUUCGUCUUCUCUAUCCACUCCCUCUCCCUUCACCUCUGUGUUGCUGCCUCCUCCUCCUCCAGUCCCAUCACGGAGUCGCUCACAGGAGACCCUACGUGCAUCUCCUGGUCCUUUCCCCGCCGACCUGCUACCGGCGCGACCCAGUAGCACGAACCCCUUCACGGGUCCCCUAGUCCAGCAACAUGAACCACGUCGAUCCUUAACUCCCGAUUUUAGUGUCCAGCAACAUGCAAAUCUUCACAGGACAAUGUCUGCCUUUACCCAACCGCUUGUCCCUACUCCUGCAGCAGCUCCACAGUUACAAAAAUCUGCUUCCUUAUUUGGAUCGCCGUUAAAUCCAACUCCUGCUACAUUAUUUCCACUCGAUUCUACACCGCUUGCCCCUAGCCUGCCUGUAGCUCCUCCCUCCUCGCUCCCUCCUCCUCUUGCACCCUCUUGCCAGUCGCAGCCAUCCAUCGCCGCAAAACCAAACAAGCAGUGGGUCACAUUUGAUGAUGAUUCAGCAUUUUCAACAAAAAUGGCACCUCAAGCUCCUGUGUUCCCCACAAGCUUGCAGACUGAACCUCCGUCUCGUUCGGUUUUUAGCUCAGAACCCGACUGGUUAACUUCGACUCCUUCAGUAUUCCCAAAUCUUCCGCCUCCUAUCCCGACCAGAACUACAGCCAGUGUCCCAAAGCUCCCUGAUGGAGCCCUUGACGGCCUUUUCUUCUCACAGGAGCCCACAGAGCGAUAGGUCCGGUAUCAAAUAAAGGGCAUAUGCAGAUUAUAAUAUGUAUAGAUCUAUUAUCAUGUGUAUAUGUGUGUGUUUAUGUAAAAAAGAGACGGUAUUUAAUUUAGUAUAUCAUGUUAUUACUCAUGAAAAAAGGGUUUCAGUAUCACACUAACAACUAAAUGUUUCAAACAUAGCUGCUCAUUCCACAACAUAUGCAUAUAUUUACCACAAAUAAUUUUAAUGUUUAAUUUUUCAGCAGCAAACUUGUGCCUGUGUCUGCAGUAUAUUAAUUAUCUAUAUGCACACAUCAACUGUGCAAUAUCAGCACUGCAUUCAGUGUUUGGUAUCGUAUUUAUUUGACCCAGUUUAUUGCUGACAGGCAUUCACAAACAUGCAGACAUUAUUAUGGAUUUUGUGAGUUUGCGCUGCAGCUUUUCAUAUACUGUACAUUUACUGUUGCUGCUUUCUGUGAUGUGUUUUAUUUGUUUGUGACCAAAAAUGUUAGGCUUACUUUUAUCAUGAAUGUAAUUUAGUGCGCACUGGGUUUUGUUCUUUGCUCCUAGCUGAUGCUGCACUGAGCAACAGCAAUGAGUCAGUUUACUGCCGCCAGACUAAACGUUAUCUCUACAUAAAGAAUCUAUCAAUAGGCUGUUAUGCUUCGCUAAAUAUAUUUUGUAGCUCUAUAUUAAAAAGUGAUACAUAGUGAUUUUAUGUAUAAAAAUCUUUUCAAUAUGGAAACUAAAUGCGUGUUUAUGUAACAGGAAUGCACUAAUGCCAUAUCCUACUUAUUAUUGUAGAUAGCCGUGAUACAGAGAAUUGACUGAGAGGAUUUUCAAUGUUGCGAUCCUGCGUUUGAUCCAAAGCAGCGUACAAUACUAAUGUAAACAGAGAGUGAGCGCUAUGGGCAUGUGUGUGCACCUGCUGUUAGAUGGUGAUGGGCAUGUCACCUCCACAGAACUGCAGUAAUGAGAGGUUUUAUUUUAUUUCAUGUAAAAAUAUAUUUUAUUUUUUAAAACGCGUCUCUAUGGAAUUGUAUUGACACUGUGGUAUUAAAUAGCGUGUUGUGUUUGAGGUCCUUCUAGUUCGUACAUUGGAGUAUGCUGUACUCGGCUGUGAGUGUGUGCAGAAAUGGCAGUGAAUUUGAGAGGAUUCUUUCCCUCAGGAAGUUGUUGUGUUUAUAUGCGUAAAUGCUCACACUUUCAGAAACGUCAAACUGUAUUCAGUCCCAGUAGUAUGUCACAUAUCUGUGCAGGAGAGGGCAUCACUGUAUGCAGAUGUGUUAAUAUUAUCAAACAAAGGACCUUUGUUUCAAAUAGCAGUCAUUCAAAUGGAUUAUAUCAUAACUAUUUUUUCCCUAAGACAGCUAAUUAAUUAACUAUUUGACUGAUAGGAUUUCCCCAGACAUAAUUUUCUGUUGAUUUCUGUAUAUGUAGUGUCCUUGGCCUAUUUUUCAAAUGUGAUUUCAAUUGCAGUGUGUUGAGUGUCCUCUCCUCUGUGUUUGGAUCCACUUGUUCAGCUGCUAUAAUAAUUGUUACUAAACCUUUGACCAGGUCGUAUCAGGGUGGCAUGUUAGUAUUUUCUCUAUUUACAAAAUCACAGUGAGGAACCUGACAGUGAUAAAUAAGCAAUAGUUUUACAAAAGGGUGAGUGAGUGAUUCUAUAACUGGUCUGCUUGUGUGAUCAGGGGGCAUUUUCUUUAAUAAAUUACACAUCUGAAACUGAGAACAAUAUAUGAUCUAUGAACGGACCUGCUAAAGUAACACUUUUGCGCUUUGUUAAAAUGAUUGUAAAAUAAAGACAAUAAUCUAAAAUCACGCACUCAAAACAUAUGUAAGCAGAAGUAUAUUGUUGCCUUCGCUUACAUGCACACUUCAGUCUUGUCUCCCAUCCAUUGUGUAUUCACUGUGUGCAGUAGGUACAGUAUUUGCAUUAACUUAGAUGACAAGCCAGCGCUUUGUGUCAUAUUCCAAAUGUUUUUUAAGGAAACAUUGCUCCCUGUGUACGAUUGGUGUCUCCUCUUACAACUAUAAUCCAUAGUAAAUAAGUCUGUGUUGUUGAACAUAUUCUGUAUGUAUUCCAGUGAAAUGUGGAGCUGUAAUUCAUGUUAAUAUCAAGGUUCUAUAUUUUAUGUGCAAAGCUGAUUGCACAUUAUGUAUGAAGCAGUUUGUGUUGUAUGUAUGCAAAAUAAAUGUAUGUUUACCUGAA